GCUUGAUCAACAUAUUACAGUAUUACCCGUGCUCAUGUAAAAACUUCGAUACUAUAACAUCUGUCUUGGCCAUUUCUAGCGUCCUACUGCGUACUGCAGUACUGUGUUUUUGUACAUGAAUCAUUCGAUGUUUAAAAAGUACUUGCUAUAUACAGUUAUAAGUAUAACGUUAUAUCUUCUUCAUGUCAUUCACCUUUUGUAAUGCAAAUCUUUAUAUCUGAAUUUUUUUGGCUAUGUAUAUUAAUAUAAUGUUAUUCUUUUACAAUAAUAAUAUUUUGUCACUAUCUUAAACUGCGAAGAUAGUAUUGCCGAAAUUAUGUUUAGUCUUUUUUGUCAUCAAGGGUACCAUUGUAAAAAUCAUAUUCUGGCCAAAAAUCUAUUGGAAUUUCAGAAUUUGGAGUGUGGAAGGUUUUAAAUAUUUAGAAUGAAUUGCAAAAACAUUAUCGAAUGCUUCCCCAUUAUAAGAGUCUGAAAGUUUCCAGUUGCAUUGAAUUAGAAUACAUAUUUUGAGAUGUUCAUAUUGAUCCCAUUUAGCUAUGUCUGAUCACAUUUGCAUAAGCAAUGACAAUAAAAUUACCUACUAAGAAAAAAAUAUGAGAAUAUGGUUACUAUUAUUGGUUCAAAUCAAUUGGUUCAUUUAUUGUAAUAUUAAUUUUUUUUAUUAUUUUAUUUGCAGUUUCAUUCACGUCCUGAAAGAGUUUUCUUUACAUUUUGUUUAAUGUCUAUUGUGUGAAUUGUUUUGUGAAAGUAUAAAAUAAGCAAUUUUAUUUUAGAAUUUAUACUCAAUAGUACCAGUGUUGUUUUGUUUUGGGUAAUAUGACGACCAUCGAUGAUGAGAACGGAGAUCUUGAAGAAAGUAUAGAAAAGCUUCCGACCCAUCACAAGAAACUUGAGUAUUGUUUAACGAGGAGGGAAUACCGAAAAGGAAAACGUUCUACAGCUGUUAAGGUUUUCACUGUUAAUUCGGAAUCUCAAUACAUCAUGGUGAGAAAUGUACAUGCUACGGGCCUAGAAAAAGAAUUGGUGAAUCUUUUUUCAAAGUAUGGCACAGUAGUUAAGUGUGAAACUAUUGAUGAAUAUCCAAAAGAACCAUUUACACAAGUCUUUCUGGUAAAAUUUCAAGAUAUACAAGCUGCCAGAGUAGCGAAACGUAAAUCAGAUGAGAUGUAUUUUUUUGGAUCGAUGUUGCAUGUUUUUUAUGCACCUGAACAUGAAACAGUGGAUGAGACGAGAAACAAAUUAAUGCAAAGAAGAAUAGCUGUUGUCUCUAGACUUCGUAAUUUAGCAAAAGAAAAAAAUCAUAAGCAUAAAGGCCGAGACAAAGUAUCCAAAGAGUUUGAAACGCCAGGACAUACAAAAAGUUCAAUGCUAUCUGAUAAGAUCAAACUUAAGGGUGAUAUUUCUUCAAGGGGAAAUUUUGCAAAAUUGACGUCUUCAAUGCUUUGCACUGAGUUUUUGCCUGCUACCUCAAAGAAACGAUUGCUAAUUCCACAACAACCAACUAAUAAUUUUCUCCAUCAGCAUAAAGAUGGAAAUAUGGCACCAAGUAGUGUAAAUACUGACCAAAGUAAUCAAGCAAGUUCAAGCAAACCCAAAUUUACAGUAAAGCCAGGGUAUAUUCGUCCGAACAAGUCGUGAUAGUAACAAGUGUUGGCAUCUUCCGAAUUUAGAUGAAUUUGCAACAAUGAAGAAAGUGAAUAUUUAUCUUGCAAAUGAUGGUCAGAAACAAAGAUUUCAGAUGUCAUCAAGGUUUGAAGACCAAUACAAUCUGUGAUCAAUUCCUAAUGUCGGAUAGGAGGCGUAAUUAUCCAAAAUAGAGGCUCCACAGUCUAUGCUGUUGCAGUGCAGACUUCACUAGAACUCAUAUAUCACUGAAAGAUGUGCAUCAAGAGUACAUGACCUUUUUUACUCCGCUUUGCCACAUUCCUGAUGACAAUUCUCUGGUACAGUAUGUGGGCCACCCAGCAUUUUGGUGGGCCUCCACAAUGAAUUUCAAUUGUGGCAGUGAUACACAAAAAAGUUUUAUGAUUCCAACAUUACAUAUAAAUUUUGUGCUAAAUGGUUUUUGUUCAUACAUCAAACGAUCAUACAUUAUGUUCAUUCCAACUAAACAAAUUAAAUGUCUCUUGAUAAGUUCAUUACAAGGUUAAAUUUGAAAUUUCCUAUGAAAUAGUUGGGCCUUGAUACCUUUUUCAUUACUUAUUGAUCUUAAGAUCGGUAAGUAUGUUGAUAGGUAUUUGUCUGUCUGUUUGUUUGUCUGUUAGAUGAACGCGAUAUCUCAAGAAGGCGGAGUUGAAUCUGCUGAAUCAAAUUUUGCAUGUGCAUU